ACCUCUAACCGAGCUCAGCUGAUCGGUUGCCACUGCCGCCGCCGCCAGAUUCCAGAGGCAAAGAACAAGAAGCUCUGGAGACUAGACAUGGACGUGAGUAUCGCCCCGCUCCGCGCUUGGGACGAUUUCUUCCCGGGCUCUGACCGCUUCGCCCGGCCGGACUUCAGGGACAUUUCCAAAUGGAACAACCGCGUGGUGAGCAACCUGCUCUAUUACCAGACCAACUACCUGGUGGUGGCUGCCAUGAUGAUUUCCGUUGUGGGGUUCCUGAGCCCCUUUAACAUGAUCCUCGGAGGAGCCGUGGUGGUGCUGGUGUUCACGGUGUUCGUGUGGGCAGCCCACAACAAAGACGUCCUGCGCCGCGUGAAGAAGCAGUACCCCGCUACGUUCGUCACGGCGGUCAUGCUGGCCAGCUACUUCCUCAUAUCCAUGUUCGGGGGAGUCAUGGUCUUUGUGUUUGGCAUCACUUUCCCUUUGUUGUUGAUGUUUGUCCAUGCGUCGCUGAGACUUCGGAACCUCAAGAACAAAGUGGAGAAUAAAAUGGAGGUAAUGGGUUUGAAGAAGACACCAAUGGGCAUUGUCCUGGAUGCCCUAGAACAGCAGGAAGAAAACAUCAGCAAAUUUACCGACUAUAUCAGUAAAGUGAAGGAAUAAAUAGAGCUGAUCUAGGGACAGGGCUACAGCAGAAAUCAAGUUGCAGCUUGCCCUUGUUCAGACCUUUUUGUUCAACUUUCCAUUUGUGUUUCUGAAACAGGAGGUGCAAGUAACAUCCAACUAUCUAUGGCAGCAUGCACUUAGGCCAACUGUUAACAUCUCUAAUGUUAUAGAGAGAAGUCCUCUGAAACUGAAAGAGACCACCUCCUUUUAUGUCUGAAGCUCCAAGUGUGUUUAUGAAAAUUGAUAGGAAAUGGAUCACAAUUACUUCUUUAGGGAAAUAAAAGAAUAAAAAUUAUAGAUGGUGCAACAAUACUGAUCUUGUAGGGAAAAAAAGGAACUAUAAAGUAUCAAGGCAAUAUGGGUAGUGGAAAGUUUGAAAAAGUAGAUUAUGUCAUGAAUUAGCCUGUUUUAAUCCCCUCCCAGCCUCCUCCUCCAAAUAUAUUCCCUAGGGUUAUAAUAUGUACAACUUAGUUUCGUUUUUAUUAUUUUUCUUUUUGAGGUGAUCUCUAUCACUUUGCGCCUGUUUGAUGUGCAGUGCAAACUGGACAAACCCCUUCUGUAUACUUUGUUUACAAAUAUAAAGAUAGCUGUUUAGGAGAAUAUUUUGGCAAGUAAUUUUCCAAGUUUUUGAAAUGCUAGUGAUGUGUUUUCACUAGCAGAUGUUUGUUGCAAACUAAGUGUCUCCUUUAAGGAGGUCAUAGCCAUGUAAUCUGUAUUAUUCUUGGCAGUCUUGUUAAAAAAAUAAAACAAAACAAAACUUGA